AAAUGUCCUGUGCGUUUGUUUAACCGGUGAGACCGACUCACGCGGGUCAUGUACAUACAGUGGGGAAAACAACUGCACUUUAUUCGUUUAAUUUAAUUAACUGUAUUUAUUAAGUGUGAAUGAUGCAUCGUGUCUUCCGCUCGCGGUGGGUAUUAUCCGGGCUGUCGGUGACAGCUGGCAUAGGCAUCGGUGCCACCUUGACAGCAACCGGCGAUCGCCUUAACAAAACACGGGAGACGAGUCACAGCGGCGGGCUGCUGGACCGCGUCCCGGUCAUCCCCAUCCCGAGCGUCGACGCGGCGUCAGAGAUCAGCCCGUACCAGCCGGGACAGCUCGCUGUGAGCAGAUCCACGGCUGUGAUGAAGUACGGCUUUCCUUCCCUGUCCAACAUCAAGAACAGAGAGUCUUACGUGACCUCAUACGACCCCAGAAACAGGACCGCGGCCUGGGUCAUAGAGCAGCUCAACCCCGACACGGUAACCGGGACCUCGGACAGAAAGUUCUGCGAAUUCAAAGAGGACGACUCGGUUCAUGUUUACCACAGAUCGAGCAAUGCGGAUUACAAGGGCAGUGGAUUUGACAGGGGUCACCUGGCUGCAGCAGCCAAUCACAAAUGGAGUCAGAAAGCCAUGGAUGACACCUUCUACCUGAGCAAUGUGUCACCGCAGAAUCCUCAUCUAAACCAGAACGCAUGGAACAACUUGGAGAAAUAUUGUCGCUCUCUCACUAAGCAUUACCAGAAUGUCUUUGUGUGUACCGGACCGCUCUACUUGCCCCGACAGGAACCUGACGGGAAAAUGUAUGUGAAGUAUCAGGUUUUGGGAAAGAACCAUGUAGCCGUGCCGACUCACUUCUUUAAGGUGGUGAUCCUGGAAAAGCCAAGGGGAGACGUGGAGCUGCGGUCCUAUGUGAUGCCCAAUAUGCCAGUAGAUGAGAAGAUUCCUCUAGAGCGCUUCCUGGUUCCCAUCGAGAGCAUCGAAAGAGCGUCUGGACUGCUGUUUGUACCAAACCUCAUGAAGAGGACCAGCAGUCUGAAAGCCAUCACUGCAGGCUAGUGAGGAGUUUACAGGAGAUGGCUGAGGGGGAAUGUUAAAUUCCUCUAAAGGUUUCAUUAUGUCAAACAUUUAGAAAGUUAUAAAGUCAGGGAAAUUAUUUAAUUUUCGAUAUAUGUGGUAAAACUACUGAGAGAGAUCAUAUCAUUCACUAGGACAGGCUGUAUUGUUUAAUGAGGAAGAUUUCGUGUCACUGUUUUUAGAUGUCAGCCCAAAAUUAGGAUUUUUAACCGAGCCAAACCUUUGUGAGAAAUUAGAUUUCAAUUUCGUCUGCGAAAUGGCAUUUAUACUACUGAAAAAAAAACAAAAAAACAUCCGUUA